GUCUACGCGAUUGUAGCCAGUCGGGCUGGGUGGUCGGUAACGAGAGUGUGGUGUGCGCACGAGUGACAGACGCAAGACAGUCAACGUGCGAAAAGCGUGCGUGACGCGAGAUAAGCGUGCCCGUUGUUGUCAUGACGUUUGCGUGAGUGGCGGCCAGCGCGUCUAGCAGCCAAACAACCAGCCAUGUCGAGUCUCAGAAACAUGGCGCGCGAUUCCCGGCGCGCGGAUUCGCGACGCGUUGUCGCCGUCGGCAGCAGUAGUGGUGGCGGUGCGACGGUGCGGUGCAAAUUGGUGCUGGUCUUUUUGGUGUUGCUGCUGGCGAUCAUCGUUCCUACCGCGUACGCCGAGAACCAAGGUCCGUCCGCAGACUUUAGCAGACACACUUUGGUGAGACCGCGAGUGUAUCACGGCAGAACGAAGAGGCAGAUCUCAUCGACCAAAGAGAAUGAUAUCGAACAUGCGGACGUGUUGACGGUAGGAUUCAACGUGGACGGCGUCGAGCGCGUUCUCGACCUUCGACUGAACACCGAUCUAAUUCCGGUCGGCUAUCAGCAACGCCACCAGCAUCGCGGCACGUACAAAGUGCACACCCCGUCGAAAGUUGAACUCUGUCAUUACCAAGGCAGCGUUCGAGAUGUUCCCGAUUCGUGGGUGGCGUUAUCCACUUGCAAAGGAUUGCGCGGUGUCAUCUUCGAUGGCGAGAACCUCCACCACAUCCAUCCAGAAGAUGAGAGCCUGGAUUCCGCACAUUACCUUUACAAACACAGCGAUCUCAUUGCCAAUAACACUUGCGGUUACGAAGGCACGCCGUCGCACCUCGUCUCGCCUCCUGACGAUCGUGAGAUUAAAAGGCUCUCCAGGCAUAAAAGAGCAGCCGAAAUUAUUCGUGGGCCUUACAAUGCAAAUAGGCAAUCACGCUACGUAGAGUUGGUACUCGUAAUAGACAAGAAGGAAUACAUAGCACUCAACGAGAACCUGGACAAAGUGCAUCAGCACUGUAAGGACAUCGCCAACAUUAUUAACGCUCUGUAUAUGCCGUUGAACAUAUUCAUCGCCCUAGUCGGCGUGCAGGUGUGGUCCGAGUCGGAUGAGAUAGCAAUGUCAUCGGAUGGCGACAAGACUCUGUCCAAUUUCCUGAAAUACCGUAGGGAAAAGCUGGUCCAGGACAUUCCCAACGACAACGCCCAGCUGCUGACGCGAAUCACUUUCGACAACGGGGUGGUCGGCAAGGCUCUCAAGGGACCGAUAUGCACCUACGAAUUUUCCGGCGGUGUCUCCAUGGAUCAUUCCAACGUUGUCGGCUUAGUGGCGGCUACCGUCGCGCACGAGAUGGGCCAUAAUUUUGGCAUGGAGCACGAUUCAGCGGAUUGCAGCUGUCCUGAGGAUAAAUGUAUAAUGGCAUCGUCUAGCGGUUCGUCCGGGCCAACGCACUGGUCAACAUGCUCACUGAAUCAUCUAGCUGUCGCCUUCGAGCACGGCAUGGAUUACUGUCUGAGGAACAAACCGCAGAAGCUGUUCGACAGCCCCAUAUGCGGCAACGGAUUUGUCGAGCCGGGCGAACAGUGUGACUGCGGCCUGAAGGAGAACUGCGACAAUCCUUGCUGUAAUGUAACCACCUGCAUGCUGCACAGCAAUGCGAGCUGCGCGACCGGUGAAUGUUGUGACCUGAAGACUUGCAAGCCGAAGAGCGCUGGCACAGAGUGUCGGAAUGUCGAGCAUGAGUGCGAUUUGCCAGAGUACUGCACGGGUCAGAGCGAAUAUUGUCCGGCGGACGUGUUCAAGAUGGACGGUGAGACUUGCAACAGGGGCGAGGCUUUCUGCUAUCAGGGUUCGUGCAGGACUCACGACGAUCAGUGCAAGUUGUUGUGGGGUCCCACCGGAUGGUCCUCCGACGCGCAGUGUUACCAGAUGAAUAACAAGGGAACGAGGAACGGUAACUGCGGUUACAAUCGCAUUGACUCGAGCUUCAUCAAAUGCAACGAUCAAAAUCUUCUCUGCGGCAUGCUACAUUGCAAACACUUGAACGAACGACUAGAGUUCGGAAUGGAAUCAGUCGCGACGUUGAGCCAUUCUUUCAUCAAUAACGGCGGCAAAAUAAUACCGUGUCGUUCAGCCAUGGUCGAUCUCGGAUUGAGCCAGACCGAUCCUGGACUCGCACCGGAUGGCGCAAAAUGUGCACCUGGCAAAAUGUGUGUGAAUCAGAAGUGUAUGUCAGUGGAGGAUUUGAAAGCAUCUGUAUCUGGGGGUAAAGCUUGCCCGAACAAUUGCAAUAGUAACGGAGUGUGCAAUAGUCUUGGUCAUUGCCACUGCAAUCGUGGCUUCCGACCACCCGACUGCCUUCAUCCUGGAGUAGGAGGCUCUGAAGAUAGCGGCCCAGCCGAAGAUCCUAAUGCGAGGAACGAUUUUAUAACCGCGCUUUACGUUAUCUUCCUGGGAGUGGUGCCCGCCGUAGCCCUGCUGCUACUCGGAGUUUGGUACGUCAGGAAUUCCGGACAGCACUGGAAGAAGGAUGUGAUGUCUACGACCGAUCGUGGCCACAAUGGAUUGCUAAUCAAAACGAUCGAUCGUUCCAGCCCCAUAUCUCGUAACAUCGAAACGAUCGACUCUAGUUUGAAUCAAGAUCCGGCGUGCGCGAGUCUGCUACCUAAAACAGAUACGGACGAGCGCUACAACAACAAUAUGUUCGGCCAGUUCAAAGGUUUCACGAUCACGCCGAUACACCCGAGUCAAUCCAAAUUGAUCGAGCCAACGAAACCGGCCCCGCCUCCGCCAGGAUGGAUACCCACCGUAGCGAUCAAGACAAACGUAACGAAGCCAAUCGUGCAAAAGUGCAAUGCGCCGCAAAGGAGCAAUCUGUUAAAUCCUAACAUCAGCGAAUCAAAUUCGAUCGCGCCGGCAUUGCCGCCGUUGAAUCCCGGAUCUACGGCGCGGCCGCUGAUCAGUAGUCCUGUAUUGGCGGCCACAACCUGCACAUCCGUCGAACUGGUAGCCAAGAUACCCACAAGACCUGCCCCGGAUAUACCUACGCGUGCAGCACCGGCACCGCCUAUCGCUUCGACAGCCCUUCUGAAGCCGCAGAGACCCAACAGCACUCCUUUGACGAAUGUAAUCCUACCGGAGCCUGAGAAGAAGCCGGAAAAGGGCAGUACGUUGAAUCGAAUCGCGUCGAUGUUGCGUCCCGGAUCCGGGAUCAUGAGAAGUAACUUUCAGAAUUCGCAGAAGGAUGACAAGAACACAAAUUCUUUGCCGAGGAGUCAACAUCACAAAGCCAACAAGGUCAUCGACAAGGAGAUCUUGAGGAACCUAGAGAUUUCCAAUCCAAUACUGCAGAAGGAGAUCGAGAUUGCGACGCCGGUGAUCCCGGUGAUACCGGCGGUCGAGAUCGAGAAGAGGAACGUGGUUCUGCGAGCGCAGUCGAUGAGGGACAGCAAGGUCACACCGAGAACUCCGAUCCACACGUUCGGUUCGAUGCGUCAGACGACACCUGUCAAGAGGCCCACCAGUAUCCCGGCCAGCGUGAGGCCGACGUCACCACCUCCGGGUCCACCGAACACCGCGCAGACGGAGAAAGCCGCCGAGAACGCGAUAAAAAUUCCCGGACUGCCAGGCUACCAGAAUCCGCCGAUGAUAGCUGCUCAGAAGCCGGUGGAGAACACUUACGACGACUGCAUGAACCUGAUCGCGGAAUCGUCCCUGACGAAGAUCACGGAGGAAUCGCCCACGAACGACAACAUCUACGCGGUGAUAGAGGAAUCCGUGCCGGAGAAGAACAGGAAGAACGCGGAGACCACGCAGACGGUGGAUAACGAAUACAAAUUGCCAAAGCGCAUCGACGCGACGUCCGCUGGUACGAACAGCCUCGAGUCGAUGGGUUUACUGUCGGAGAUCGUGUCCGAGAUAUCGAAUCGCAAUUUCGACUCCAUAUACUCCACCUCAACGCUAAGCAGAAAGAAGAAGGAGAAGAACGGGGAGAACGUUCCGAAGAGUCCGGAGAAUAUGGGCUCCAACAGUUCCUUGGGCGGCUACAUGAAUUCAGGCCACUACAAAACACCCGGGAGCGUUUACUCGAACUCGACUUCCGGUAAAUUCAAUUCUUCGAGCUCCACCACCAGCUCUGGCUACCUUCAUCCAUCCGUGAUAAACGUCCCGCAGGUGCACAAAAAGGAGUCGAACGAGAAUCCAUCGGACGCAAACGACAACGUGACAGCAGUCGACAAAAGCAAACUGAACACCCUCAAGUCUGAUAAUCCGAAUAUAAACGACGAGCUGUCCAAGGAACUCGGUAUGAAGCCGCCUGAGAAUCCUGUAGGAUACAAACCGUUCGCGCCGUCGAAAACUCGACCGUCUCAUUUGAUACAUAUCAAAAAGGACGACCAAGGUGAGAGUAAAGUUAAACCGUCGUUGAGCAGGACUAAGACACCUCCGAACAUCGCGAAGAGUCCGACUCUGAAAGAAUCGGCCGAGUCGAGCGUAAAACUUGCGAGACAAAGUUCAGAUAAUACGUUAAAAUCCUUGAAACCUUCGAAAACUUGCGACGCGAAUUCGGCGACGCCAAAGCCGAGUUCGGACGCGAGUCCAACCGUGAGACAAACGCAACUGAACGCGAGCAAAUCCAACAGCGACUUGGAUAAAGAAGAGUCGCAAACACCCGUAUGUGUAAAAAAUGUGCCUUGUAGUCCUAAGAAUAAUCCGGGGAAGUUCAAUAGCCCGGAUCUGGUGUCGAGCUGUUCGAACUCCAAUCAGGGCGGUACGAAGUCGCCGGACGUCGUGGGCAGCAAUUCCAAGUUCAGUCUCCCACUGAAAACCGUUCAGAAAACACCCACGCUGCCGAGAGGCGGACAGAAGACACCCACUACACCAUUGAAGCCUCUAAACAUUACGUCCAAAGCAGCUAGUCUCUCGGAAAGAAAGAAGUCUCCGACCGGCAACGCGAAUGUGACGAAAUCGUUGUCGCCGUCUGCCAAAGAACCGAGUAACGGCGGCACGAAGACGUCGCAGUUAACGUCGAAGACGCCCACCAAAAUGGAAACCAAAAAUGGGGACGGUGGUGCAGCUGCGAAGACGAAUCCACUGCAGAGAGCUGCGAACGGUAAAUCCAACGUGGCGUCGCUCCAGCAGAAAUUCGAAGCCAACAAGAACAAUUCCGGCGUCACGAGGAUUAUAACGAGUGCGAGUAAAAAGCCGGUGGCGCGAACGACGGAAGUGAACGGCGGCGUGAGGAAAUGAGUAAUCAUCCGGAGGAGAAGCGAGAAAAAUCCACACUUGAAACAUUCUAGUCCAUCACUGAUUCAUUCUCAGUGGAGUAUGCGAGGUAUAAGCGGGUUUGCGAGGUGAAAACAGUAUGCGCGUUUAUACUUGACGAAAAGCAUGUGCAAGUAUAAACGUAGAUACGAAGCGCUGUAUCUCUGUAAACUUCUAUAUUUAAGAAUUCUUAAACGGAAGUUGGAAAAAAUAGUACAAGGAACGAAUCUUUCCUCUCUAAGAUCCAUAAAAACGCUUAUUUUAUGAGCGAAUAUUAUAUUUCUUGUCGGAAUAUUAAGAUGGAUCACGCGAUUAAAUGCGACCGCUGCGUAUAAGAGGCGUGGCAUUGAAAAUUGUAAAUAAUAUCCACUUAAAAAUUCUCAUAUUUUUUGUAGAGACUAUCCAUUGCCGAUGUUCGAAGCGUACAUACACGAUAAUUGCCAAUAACUACCGUAAUAUUUAUCGUAAGCGUUUUAUAAGCGAUAUUACGAGGUGUAAGUGACAUUAUUUUCGAAACCUUCGCUUGAAACUGAAAAGGGCGUGUACGAAAUUAAUUGACCUCUGUGAUAUAUGUGUAUGUAUAAAGAAAUGUUGCACACUCACACACAAACACAACAGAAACACUAUACGCUACAUUGUUACGACUAGCAGGCUAUAGAUGCGACCAAAUUAUUUUAUAUCAUACGACAUAACUACGGAUUGUGUAUUAAAAGUUGGCGCCGUUAAGUUGAAAGCCAUCGAAAAUCGCAGUCAUAUCUGACAGGCAGACGUUAGCUUCGUUAAUGGAAGGUCCUUCUUUCCAAAGAUUACUGUAUAAAAAGGUACGAAAUUAUGCCGUGAAAAUUCCGCGGGAGUCAAAACUGAAACAUCGUUAGUUAGGAGAGUCUAGGUAUUAGUGUUCAUCAACACCGUCGAAUCGAGCAAAGAUGAUAUUUUCUCGAUAGGCAAAACUAUAGGCUGGAAUCAUUAACCAUUUCACCUUUCAGUCGCGCAGCAUCACGCCUUUACAUUAUCAUUGUUCUCCGCGUAAAUUAGUAACAAAGGGCUUGCUUUAGAUGCAAAGACUAAAACUAUUUAUUUGACUGAUCCUUGUAAAUAUGUUCAUAAGAUAGAGAUAUGUAGGAGAUAAGUAAAAUUUUGUACGAUGUACCUUCGCGCUGAAUAAAUUAAGUUGUAAGUUACCCUUAUAUCGCGAGAAAUAACUUCAAAUUUAUUCAACAUUUACUAUUAAGUUAGGAGAUUUUAUUGAAGUCUUAGAGCUGGCUAUGUGUUUAUGCAUUUAUUCUUUCUCUUCCGCGCAGCGGAUUUCUCUUUGUAUGAAUCCAGUAAAAUAUGUUUUUUAUCCAGUCUUUUAUCCAUAGUAUUCAGUUUGUAAUAGUUCCUACGUACAAGUGUUCAGAUCACUCUUCUGUUUCACUAUAAUUCAAUAAAGCUUUUUCAUCAUUUAUUCGCGUUCUCUGCUUUUUCGCGCUUGUUUCUUUAUAGAUAAUCAUCACAUGUGUUACUUUAUUGAAAGGACAAUCAAACAUUCGUUUAGUAUAUGCAUUCAAGGAGAAAGCUUACUUCAGCCCGUUAUUAAUAAAUAAGUAUUAUUUAUAAGAAGACGACUUAAAAAAAAAAAGAAAAACAAAUGCAACUGAAGCGCAACGAGUGAUCGUAUCAAUUGCUAUAUAAAAAUAUUCGACGAAUUGGCUAAAAUACAACGAUUGUUAACGCGUACAGGCAGAAUAGCCCACGAUGAUUGAGUUUUACAACGCUUUGUCUAUUAAGUAACAAAAACUAAGCAUCGUCGCAAUACAUGUCGCAAUAUUGUACAUUCGGUACCAAAGAUAAGUAGCGUUCUAUCUACAACACUGCUGAGAUAAGUACUACAAUAAUUAAUUACUUAGCCAAUAAUUAAUUAAUGUGUACAUUACCUAAACCAUAAUGAUGUUACAAUAAAGUCUUUAUUCCAAUUA